AUGUCACAAGAAUUGAUUUUACUACCACCAUUUCCUGAUGAUAUUGGAAAAGCGCGUUGUAGAGUAUCAAAUGCCGUUUUGGAAAGAAAAAAAAUUAAAGCUGGCCAAUGGGUUCGUCUUGAUUCAGAUAAUAUGUCAUUAUUUUGUCGUAUAUGGCCAGAUAAUUUGCCGGAUAAUAUUAUUCAAGCUGAUAAUUUAAUAAGUCAAAAUGUUUCUUCUCCUACUUCAAUGUAUAAUCUUCCAUGUUCAUUGGUUCCUCUAAAAACCCCUAUACAAGCAUCAAUCGAUGUGACAUUAUUCAUAAAAUUUAAGUAUGCUGAUGAUGAUAAUAAAGAAAAAAAGCAAUUUGAUGAUUUUGGAUUCGUAUGGGAAAAUGGCCCCGAGACUGUUAAGCAUUUGACAAUUAGAAGUAUCUUAAACGAUAUGGUAAUAUGUAAAGGAUGCUCAAUAUUCGACGAAAGGCGCUGUUUGGAAAUUGUGAUUCAUGAAACAAAUCCAUCAAAUUCAAUUCAACUUUUUACCAGUGAUACAUGUAUUCAAAUUACUGAUGGCUCAUUUCAGAAUGAUAUUGAUGAAAUCUCAUCAUUGUUGUAUGAUACUACGUUGGAAGAAAAAAUUCCAAAAUCUGUUCCAGGUCUUCAUGACGCUUAUGAAGCACUUUAUGAAGUCAUUAGUUAUCCACUAAUAUAUCGAGAUUUAAUUCAGCAAUUAAAUAUUGAGUGCCCAAAAGGAAUUUUGCUGUAUGGUCCUCCUGGUGUUGGGAAAACAUUUCUUGUUAAUCAAAUCUCCAAAGCUUGUGGAGCAAAAAUGAUCACUAUUCAUGGACCUGAUAUUUUUGGGCCUUUUUUUGGUGAAAGCGAAAGGAGAUUGCGUAAUGCAUUUUCCCAAGCAAAGGAUUUGACUAUUAAAGAAGAUUGUCCAGUAAUUCUAUUUAUUGAUGAAUUGGAUGCAUUGGCGUCACGCAGAACUGAAACUCAAUUCCAUGAGUCACGUGUUAUCGCACAACUUUUGACAUUAAUGGACGGUAUGGAAUCGCGGGGUAGGUUGGUCGUUAUCGCGGCAACUAACCGACCUAAUGCCAUCGAUCCGGCGUUAAGAAGACCUGGUAGGUUUGAUCGUGAAAUAGCUGUGGAUGUUCCUUCGGAGCAAUCACGUCUUGAAAUCCUGAAAUCACAAACGUUUAAAAUGCCUCUAGGUGAUGAUAUUGAUCUGAACCAAUUGGCUUCCGUUACAAAUGGAUAUGUGGGGGCUGAUUUGGCUUCUCUAUGCCGAGAAGCAGCGAUGAACGCCGUUCAUCGACAAGUUGCACUUGAGAAGAAUGAACCUGUAAAUUUAGUACCAAAGAUAACGAUGGAUGACUUUGCAGGAGCAAUGUUGCGUAUCAUACCAUCCCUACGACGCGGAUAUCAUGUUAAUGUCGGAAAGAUAAAUUGGGAUGACAUUGGAGGUUUAGAAGAUGUAAAAAAGGCGGUCGAAUGGCCCAUAAAAUAUCGUCAUACAUUUGAAAGAUUAGGUUUAAAACCGCCAAAUGGAAUACUAUUGUAUGGUCCACCUGGCUGCAGUAAAACGACUCUGGCUAAGGUAAUAGCUUCAACGUCUGGUGCCACCUUUCUUUCUAUCAAUGGAGCUCAAUUAUAUUCUCCUUAUGUGGGCGACUCAGAGCAAAUUAUUCGAACAACAUUUCAACGUGCACGUUCUACGUCCCCUUCUAUAAUAUUUUUUGAUGAAAUUGAUGCGAUUGUUGGUAAAAGAUCAUUGGGAAGUAGUGGUAAUAAUGACAGCGUUCAGGAACGUGUUUUAUCAAUGUUAUUGAAUGAAAUGGAUGGUAUUGAAGUUGCUGCAUCAGUACUUGUCGUAGGUGCAACAAACAGACCAGAUAUGCUUGAUGCAGCUCUUUUAAGACCUGGUAGAUUCGAUAAGUUAAUAUAUGUUCCACCGCCAGAUCUUUCUGCACGAGAGCAAAUUUUAAAGAUUUAUACUUCAAAUAUGCCUUUAAGUGAUGAUGUUGAUUUAAAUUUGAUUGCCAAGCAGACAGAAUUAUAUACAGGUGCAGAUUUAAAGAAUUUGUGUAGAGAAUCAGCGAUUAUAUCAUUACGUGAAACGGGAACAGCGUCGAGUGUGGUAAAUAGUUAA